AUGAAUUCAAUAAUAGUAUCAAUAUUUUUAAUAGUAUUAUUAAUACCACCUAUUCUUUCUCAACAAUCUACGACAUUGAGGAUAAUUCAAACAACCCGUACAACUAUAACAGCUCCGACAACUCGUGCAACCACUAGGACCACUCCGACGAGGACCCGGACAACUCAAAUCACCACUACCACAACUCCAAAUAAUCGUUGUUUAUCUUUAUCCAAAUCAGAUUAUUGUAAAGCAUUUGGAAAUUAUAGUAUAUCAUUAAAUAUUUCAUCAACCGAAACCAUCAAUUUUGUUAAUGGAAAUUAUAGAUUUCAGCAAGAUUCAAAUUCAUUUUGUAAAUUCUGUCAAAAUAAUGAAACUUGUUGUACUCAAAUGGAAAAUGUGGAAUUACUCCAAAAUAAUAACUUAACAACUGAUUUAUCAUCUAAUUCACCAACUAAUUCAUCGUCAUCACCACCGAAUGGAAUUAAUAGCGAAAAAUUAAUUAUAAUUAUGGUUUUUUCCAUGAUUGGAUCUUGUUUAUCAUGUUCAUUUUUUAGUUUCUCACGUUUUCAUAUUCAUAAUAUUCGGAAUGAUCGGAGUGAUGAUGAAAAUAAAGGAAUGAUGGAACCAAAGACUCCUUCAUCUUUAGGUGGUGGUAAUGGAACGAGUGGAUCAUUUUUAUCCGAUAAUAAUAGUAGUUCAGAUAAUAAUAGUAUUACCGGAAUAGAUCAAUAUUCUAGAUCAAUAAACAACACAAUUAUGACUGAUACAUCACAUAUACAAAUUAUCACCGAUCCAUCACACUUACAUUCUUCUACACAAAAUAUUUAUGAUCAAAGAAGAAUCAUAGGAAGUAGUAGUAGAAGUAGUAAGGAUCUAGUAAAAGUUGUACAUCCUUACAUAUCUCAAUUACCUGAUGAAUUAGAAUUAUCUCCUGAUGAUAUAAUAGAAGUUAAACAAAUUUUUGAUGAUGGUUGGGCAGUAGGAGUUAAUUUAAUUACUCAACAAGAAGGACCUGGUGGUGGUGAAGGUUCUAGUAAAAAGAGUAGUAUAAUUAGUAAUUAUAGUACAAGAUUUUUAUCAGAAAAUGUACCACGUCGUAAUUCUAGUAUGAGAAGAUCACCAUCCAAUCUAACUAAUCAAUCCCAAACCGAUAAUCAAGAUCCGCUUCUUCAUCACCAACAAGAAUUAUUUGAUUAUGAACAAAGUGAUGAAGAUGAUGAAUCUACUAGAUUACGAAAUAAUUGA